GUUAAAAACUUAAAACCCUUAAAUUUGUCCGACGGCGGUGUUAGACGACGGCUAUACUCGGCGGCGUAAUCGUCUCUCUGUAAAUUUCUCGAAUAGUUCCACGCCGUCUCAAGAAUGUCGUCUUCAAAGCGGAAGCGCGAUUCCGGAACCGCCGCGGAAGAUGGUGGAGAAAGUGGCGACGGUAGUGAUAAGAGCAAUACCGAAAAAAGCUUCUUCGAUAUAUAUGGACCUCAAGCGAAAGCAGAACUCGAUUUCAAGUGCCCUGAUACAACACUGAACUUACAAGAUGUUCAGGGACUUGUGACAUGGGUUCUUGCAGAAGGUUUUAUGCCCUCGUGGGUGUUUAUUAAGAACAAGCCUCUCAUUCCAAAGGUUGUAAUGCUCUACCUUCCUGGAUUGGAUGCAGCUUUAUACUUAUCGCAGUCUAAAGCACUUGCUAGUUUGAAAUCAUGUUGUGGCAAUCCUAUAGCACUUUUAGCUUUGAGCUGUGUAGUUGAUGACAUAAGGACAAUUGAUACAAUCCUUACUUGCAAGGGUAAAAAAAAGAAAACUGUUACGAGUUCAGUGGAACCACCUCCCCUAGUAUCUAACCCAGAAGCAUGCGAUCUGAUGGGGAAGUCGUUCAUUGAGCUCGUAAAAGACAUACCGUUCCCUGUUACAUACUAUACUUUAAGUAGAAAGGAAAUGGAACUAAAUGGAUACACUUUUGAGAAAUUUGAGUUUACCCCUACGCUUCCUGCACCAUCAGGAUCAUCUCCCCAUGAAAUUGUUGCUCUUGAUUGCGAGAUGUGUUUUACAAAGGAGGGUUUGGAGUUGACGAGAGUGACACUGGUCGAUGUCCAAGGACAGGUUCUAUUAGAUAAAUUAGUCAAGCCAACAAAUCCUAUUACUGAUUACAACACAAGGUAUAGUGGAAUAACAGCUGUGAUGAUGGAAGGAGUUACAACAACUCUUAAAGAUAUUCAGGAAGAGUUCUUAAAGCUGGUUUUCAAGGAGACCAUAUUAGUCGGACAUUCCUUGGAAAAUGACUUGUUUUCUUUGAAGAUCUCUCAUAAUCUGGUGAUCGACACUGCAGUACUGUACAAGCAUCCACGCGGUCGAUCUUAUAAAACCAAACUUCGAAUUCUAGCAAAAAAGUUUCUUGCUAGAGAGAUACAACUAUCUGAAUCUGGACAUGACAGCGCCGAGGAUGCAAAAGCAGCCAUGGAUUUGGCACUAUUGAAGAUAAAACAUGGACCUGAUUUUGGUUUACCACCGGAAGUGAUAAGAAAAAAUCUCUUCACCAUUUUGAAUGAGAGCGGGAAAUCCACUUCUAUCAUCGACAAGAUAAAUAUUGUGAAACGAUAUGCUUCCGAGUCAUCCAAUUCAAUUCCAGUUUCUUCUGACGACGAAGCACUUUCAAAGGCCAUGAAGGAGGUAAAGAACAAUCGGUCACAGUUCGUUUGGACACGGUUCUCAGAAUUGAAUACACAUUUCCAGAGCAGCGCGGAUAGUCCACAGAAACUAAAUUCCAGAAUGGCCGAGAUGAUCUCAUUGCUUACAUGUAACAACAACUCCAGCGUCAAGAAAAAAAACAAUGUUUCACUUGAAACAAAGGAAAUCUUAAAGAAAAUGAACGAUAGAGUCCAAUCCCUUUACGCUGCAUUACCCACCAACGCGAUGUUCAUAGUUUGCACCGGACACGGAGACACAUCCAUUGUACAAAGAGUGCGGAAAAUACUUAACGAUGAGAAUGAAAUCGCGUUUGACCGUGAGAAAGUUGUCAAGGUUCUUGAAGAGCUUCAAGCACAAGCCGAAGUAGCUCUCUGUUUUGUUGGUAUCAAACAGUAAACUGACAUAGACGCCAGAUUUUUCCCUUGUAGUUGAAUACCUUAUAAGCACGCAACAUGACGUUCUUUAGCACUAACAAUUCAAGUCUUUUUUUA